AUGGUACAAGCUCCUCCACUGUACGAGCGGUAUGGUUAUUUCUAUGUUUACUGGACUACCGAAAAAGAGUCGGAAGUGGAAGCCGUUUCAGCAGAAGACAUACCUGCAAUUAUAGGACCUGUAUCCUCUGAAGUUAUCAAAAACCAAGAAACUGUAUUACCUCAGGCUGCUAAAUCAGAAGGUGGACUUGAAAAUAAGCGGCAAGAGUUUUUAAAAUUUCGACAGCAAUUUAUUCAACAACAGAAUGAGUACAUCGAUCGAUACACCCAAUUGCGUGACAUGGAGGCAAGGUCUGGCAUGCUCAAUUCGCGGUCCAUCGGAGAGGUGCGUGUGCUGUCCGUCACAGACUGGCCGGCACAUGACCUGCUGCUCAUGACCGAGACCUCUUCCACGCAGCCCCGGACCGAUAUUAAAGGAGUGCUUGGGCCUAAGAUACUCCAGCAGCUAAGUGUUCAAAUUUUGAAGAUACGCGAUGAAGUCCUAGCCAUGGGUAGAGAGCUGAUGAGGCGACGCUUGGAUAUAUUGAAAUUUGUACGCGCUAUACAACGCAACGACCAAAGGGUGUUUGUUUACGAAGGUCACCAUAUUGUGUGGCAAACUAAGAACGCCGAAUUGGAUGAAGAAACUACAAAGUUAAAUGAACUCGUUUUAACCACGGUUAAGAAUGUAGAAUCUAAACUAACUCAGAGUUUAGACGUUGCCAAAAUGCCAUGGACGGAUAGAGACAAUUUGUUAAAGAAAAUAGAGUAUUUACAGAGAGAGCUUUCUAUACUGAAGAAAAGUAAACAAAAGGGGGAUACGAUCAGCGAUAACAAGUUUCUGCUGCAGAAAAUUUUAGAGGAAUUGCACCGAGAGCGAGCAUCUUGUGCUAGAAUGAAAGAGAUGCUGGCUGCAGCGGAAGACAGGGCCACGGCGGCGCGCGCACGCUCCGCUGAGCUCGAGCGCCAACUUGGCGCCAACACAAGCCGCCCCAAGUGGGCGAGUAGCCUCAGACCAUUGCAUAAUCAUUGUAAUGGAGUAAGGCAUGGCUCUCAUAUAAAGAAAUCAGAGCCUCAAAAAAAUGAAGUAAAUAUUGAAGUGUUAUCUAGGCAACGCGAUGCACUGCAGUUAAAAGUCAAAGAACUUCAAGAAAGUGCCACAGUAUUAAUGCAAGAGGCCGAGGAGCGAGAAACUCGGCUAACGUCGCAGCUAGAGGAUCAGAAACAAAGAAAGGAAUCAUUGGAAACGCUGGCCCAGGAGACAGAAAAACGUUUAAAAGAUCUACAGGAGCAAUAUAAAUUGUUGCAAGAACGUUGCCGUGCUUUGGUUGAAGCACAGCACAUGAAAUGUUUGGAAUACUUGCCUCGGAAAGUUCCAUGUUCAUGCGAAGAUUUAGACAUUCUAUAUGACCUGAAAGAAACAAAGAACGCCCUAGGGCGCGUCAGAAAAGACCUGGAGCUCAGUGUUGCGGACAAGAAAGGCUUGCAAAAUCAACUUGAAAACGAGAUGCCCGAGGAGUUGCAAACGGAAGAACAAAUAAUUGCAAACUUGCAGAACACAAUUGAAGAACUUACUCAAAAUAAGAAAAGAAUGGAAGAAAACCUGACAUGCUAUGAGAAUCAGAUCUCCGCUCUUCGGACGGAAGUCAGACUGCUACGUAGUUUUAACAAUUACAAAUCCUGCGAUCACGAAAGUCCCCAUGAAGAACUGGAAAGCCAAGUUUUCGAGCUGUGCAUGCAGGUGGAGCGCCUGACGCGCGAGCGUGAGGUGCUGGCUUCGGAAGCGAUGGCGCGCGCGCUGCUGCUGGAGCGGCACGAGCGCUGCGCGGAGCUGUUCGCACGCGUCACGCGCGCGAAGCACGCGCUCGCCGCGCAACUCGCAGAAACCGUUAAUACUACGCCAUCCGUGCCAGACGGAGUGGGUAAUAUAGAGAUAUCAAAACUGUUGUCAAAAACGUACCUGAGUGGCGCGAGCACGUGGUCCGCGCUGCGCGUGGAGCGCGCCCGCGUGCUUCGGCUCGAGGGCGUGGUGCACGCGCAGGCGCAGCAACUAGAGCGCGAGAGCCUCGUGCGCACCAAGCAGGACCGCCGGCGCGCGCAUCUCGAGCGCCAACUCCUACGAACCUGGGCGACCGGCUCCAAAAGCCGAAACACCUUUAUGGAAGCCGAUACGCUAACCUCAGAUUCCUUACACGCAUGUAAGAAAGAGACCAACCCGAACCUAGAACUAGCGGAGUAA